AUGCUGCGACAGGGACACCUCAAAGAAUUGCUGAGCGAUCGGGGAAGGACCAACUUUUCCAGGGGACGCGAACAACAUCAAGGGCCACCGAAGUCGCCCUCACCAGCCCGCACCAUCCACAUGAUCAUUGGUGGCUGGGACGAUGCUUUCAUCAAUGGCGUGAAGUUCACCAUAACCCACAAGCUCAAGCGGUUGAUCACCCACGAACUAUACGAUGAACUCGAUGAAAGUAUCAUCUACGAUAAGUCAGAUACCAACGGGUUGGCAUUCCCUCACUAUGACGCUCUCGUUAUUACUUUACGAAUUUUUGAUACCUACAUAAGACGGAUUAUGGUAGAUGACGGGAGCUGCGCGUUUGAACGGAUAUCAGGCGAGAUCACACUCCCUGUCCCGCCAGGUGGCGUCACUGUGGAGACCACAUUCCACAUCAUGGACUAG